AUUGAGUCUGUCUUAAUAUUAAUCAUAGGCCGACCACUGAAAUAAAUAAUUAAUAGAUUUUUAAAGUAAUAACAAUUUAUUAUGGUUAUAAGCUUUUUCUAAAAAGUAUUACUUAAUAAAAAUGACAAUGGGGGUUUUGACACUCCAUCUCCCUUCUUCUAUACACCCCUGUUUGUUGUUCCACAUAAAUAAUUAACUAUAACAAUAAUAAUAAAAAGGUUAUUAUCGAACGUUUUUGUAUAUGUUUUCCCACACCAACCCCGUGAGGCAUUCACUACCGACAACCGCAACAGGCGCGCUCGAUCGUCGUCGUUGCGCUGCUGUGUACCAUCACUUGCAUCGCCGUUCGUCUUCGUUGCUAAACCACUGUCACUCGUUUUAUUUUUUAUCGACAAACGGACCCACAUCCCGUACUGCCACACAAGUGCCGACACGUAACCGGUCACAUGGUCGUCCCUCCAAACGACUUUGACCAUAGCAGUUGCUCUUUUGUCACGACAUUAAGCAGUUUACUGGAUAGAACAAAAAUGGAAGAAAGUCAAUCAUUUUCAGUAAAUCAAACUCGAGCUGAUUAUGACUCGGGUUACUCUUGUACAUCAACCCAAUCCAAAUCCAGUGAUAAAUCACGACAUCCAGGACUAUCUACGGAAUCAAGUUUCGAAGAACAGAAUUCGACUAUAUUGACAACUGACAAAGACGGAGAAAUGUCAACUUUGAACUCUAAACCCGCCGAACAAUCAAACCAAACAAUAUUAAGAGGUUUGAACACUGUAACUAAUCAAAACCCAACUGAUACUUGUUCAAAAUCUAAACAGAAAAAUUCAACAGCAUUUAAACCACAAACGAAUCAAUUAUUUAACGUCGAUGAUUCUAUGUCAAAAAUGGAAUCUGAUGAUUUAAAAAAUUUAAAUAAUGACAUUAAAGUAGACCACAAUCAAGAAAAUACGUUUUUGCAAUUAUCUUACUUAUGCCAAUCAUAUCGGGAUUUAAAUCAAACAAAUUCAACUUCAAAUUCUAAUAAUUCAGUUACUAUUAUAGAUACUGUUCUAAAGGUAUUAAACGACCAUGACUUACAAUUCAAGGAAAUAAUUGAGUCAAAUGAAGUUAAAAAUGAUUCAUUUGGUGUUGUUGUGUCUAUGGCCAAUGGUCUAAUUAUUAAUAUAUCAAAUAGUAUUCAUAAAAGCAUGGGGUAUUCAAAAGAAAUGUGGAAAGAUCGUGCAUUUAUUGAUUUUAUUCAUCCUAACGAUCGGAUAACAUUUGUCAAUUAUAUGACGUCUAUUCUUAUAGAUCCUUGCACGAUUUCUAGAGGAGAUGGUGUAUCUACAGUGACUUAUUUGAGACCCAAGACCAAUGAUGGAUUUUACUGUAAUAUGGGUUAUUCAAAAUCUGAAAACGAAAAUUACUAUCAAGUCUGUAAGCUUACAAUAACAUUUAAAGAUUUGUCUUACGUUUCGACGACACCAUAUUCGGAACAAAUGGCACGACCUCAAUUAGUUCUAGUUGUUAAAGCACAGAUAAUUCAUUCAGCAUACAAAUGUUCUGAAGAGAAAAUAGAAAAUCCCAUUCAAUUUAUCACUAAACAUAAUGCGUUAUUUGAAUGGUGUUAUGUUGAUAAAUUCAUUACCUCAUACUUUGGAUAUUUACCACAAAAUAUUAUUGGUAGAUCAAUUUUUGACUAUUACUGUAUUGAAGAUCUAACAACUAUUAAAGAAAUCCACGCAAAUUUAAUUAAAUCUAAGAGUAUUUCAUUAAAAGGAAACCCUUACCGGUUUAAGUGUCAAAAUGGUGAUUUUGCAGUCGUACAAACAGAAUGGUCAAAUUUUGUAAAUCCUUGGUCUGAUCGAGUAGAGUUUGUUAUUGGUAAACACAAAAUUAUUCAGGGUCCUAUUAAUCCGGACGUCACAACUCUGGCUGAUAAUACUAUUACGGAAGAUAUAGCAAUAAAAGAUAACUAUGAAUUUAAUGAAGCACCUAAAGAGUUUGAAAAAAUUACAAAUGAGAACAAAGAAGUUGCUGAAGUUUCAUAUGACACGAAUCAAACAAUAGACACCAACUCAAAGCAACAAAUAUCAAUGGAAUAUAAAAAUUUUACACCAUGUAUGAAUUGCUUUGUACAUCCAUCAGUCCAAGUUCCUCUUAAUGUAGAAGUUCCACCAGAAAUGUCUGGUAAUUAUUCUAACAACGACUCUCUACAUUUAUUUCAAAAUACCAACUAUGAAAGUAAAUCCAGUUCAGAUACACUAUUAAGUUAUACUGAACUUAAUUAUAAUGACAACAUACAAAGAUUUUUCAAUAGUAAUUUAAAAACAAAUUCAUCAGAAGAAUCAAAUUGUUCUAAAAAAUUUGCUGCAAGAGAAGUUACUUCUUAUGAGACAGAUGCGAAUAAAGUACAACCAGAUACAAUAUCAUUGUAUCAAAGUGGAACACCAGUUUCAAAUAUGAUCAUAACUCAAAAUUCUCCAAGUUAUGAAUCAGAACAAAAUGCAAGUAAAAAUUGUCAACUUACUCAAAAAAUGCUUUUACGACAUAAUGAAAAAAUGGAAUGUGAUCUCGUUAAACAACAUAAAAAAAAUAAAUCGUCCAAAAAGCAAAAUUUGUCAAAUCAAGCUAUACACAUCUCUGAUAUAGCACACGGUAUGAAACGCAAAAAUUCAACUGUAAAUGAAAAUAAAUCAUGUAAACUUUCAAAAAGAAAAUGUCUUUCAAACAUCAGUAGUCCGACUAAUGUGGCACAACCACAACCAAUAGAGUAUCAAGACAUUCCAACAACCCCUACUGUCGCUCGAUCAACACAAAUUCGAUCUUUUUGUCAAAUUACACGAGAUUCGCAAACAAUGACCGAUUUACCACUAAGACAGCCUUUACCAAGCUCAUGCCAAAAACUAAUUUUACCACCUCAAGCACUGAUUGUACCAUGCCAACCAUUUAUCUAUAAUGUACCACUUAGUAAUAAUGUGAUGCCUGUACAACCUACAUGUAAUUUAAUGGACGAAAAGAUUGGAAAUAUUCAAGAAACGGUAUCUGACAAGUUACAAUCAUGUAUGCCGUGCGACAUAACUGAAAAUUCUCAACUUUUACAUGUUCAACAACAGUUGCAUAUAGGACAAUUAUAUCAGAAUAUUGAAAAUAAAAUUGAAGCUCCAAUUAUAUCGAAAAAAAAUGACCAGAAUAUUCGAAAGAAAACAAAAACAACACAAGUAAGCCAAGAAGAAAUUAUAAUGAGUUCUGAUUCUGAUUGUAAAAAAGAGACCGGAAGCUUAAGAUCAAGUAGUGGAUGGAUGUACGAGGACAGUAGUUACUACUCAUCAAGUUUGCGAGAUAAAACCGAUAGUAGUGAAAGAGAAGACUUUCCAUUGCUGAAUAUAUUUGAAAGAACAAAUUGUUCUCAUCAGUUAAUUAAAAAGCAACCAUUCUGGAUGGAAGACAUCGUAUCAACUCCAGAUUUAGUCUAUCGAUACCAAAUGGACUAUGGAGACAAAAACGAAGUGUUGCGUAAAGAUAUUAACACAUUAAAUACAUUCACUCAACCUUUGUUAGUGAGCGAACAGUUAAAACAACUAUGUGUGGAAAUAGAUGUAAAUGGUUCUUCUAAAACAUCAUACUUUGAAGACGGAACAUCGUCAAGCAGCGAUGGAGACGAAUGUUACAUUUCUAUUGGAAAAAAUAAAAGAAGAAGAAUUGAUUUCUGCAGAAUGGCAAUGAUUUAUGAAGAAAAUGCCUUAAUACCUCCACCAACUUCGCCACGUAAUAAGUAAGAUUUAAGCAUUUUGUUUGUCUUGCAAAAAAACUCAAAUUAUUUAAGAAUGUCAAAAAGUGAUCAUUUAUCAUCAUAAUUUUCCGUGAUGCAAAAAAAAAUAUAACAUAACUAUAUAUAAAUGUGUAUAUAAUUAUAGAUGGUAGUUAUACAUGCUUAAUUGUUAAUAAUAAUAUUUUAAUCUAAUUAAAAAUUAGUAGGCAACUGAAUAACAUGUUUAACUUACCUAGUUUAUAAUAAGGUAAUCUGUUCCUAUUGAUUCAUAAAUAAACAAACUAUAUUUGAUAUUUAUUUCAAUCAAUUAAUUAUUUCACAUGUUUAAAAAUUGUUUUACCAAGUAAAAAAAAUAUUAACAUCCCACAAACCUACUUUUAACACUACAAAUUCUGAAAUACCAUACUUCUUCUUUAAUACACAUUUAAUUAUUGUCAGCCACAUUCUUUCUCUUCAAAACAAAAGUAAAAUAUAUUUCCUAAAACCAUUUUAUUCCCAAAAGAACUGUCAUAGUCAUUUCCAGUUUUAUAAUUCUAUACCAAUCCAUUAUUAAUACCAAUGUACAUCAAAAAUUUGUGAUCAUGACAAUCUAUUUUAACAUAUUAAUUU